ACCUCGCGCGAGCGGAAGUCGAGGAAGACGACAACGUGCUGACUCGUCGCUGUGCUUCUUUGCCAUUCUGCCUCAACACUGUCUUGGUGCAUGAUAAAGCGUGUACAUGACAUUUUAAGAAUGCAUAAGAAGCCACACAGCGCAAUUUGACCAGCAAGCGGCGACCUGGUCGUUGCGCCCGCGGCGAACUCACGCGCUGAGGCGCUCAGGCGCUGCUUUAGCUCAAUAACAUGCCGAGCGUUCCAAAGGGCAGAAAGGAUGAAAUCGGCGGCGUCACCUCGGCGCAACUACGCCAGGACCUUGUGCUCAAGAAGCAGAUUGGAAAGGGCGGCUUCGCGGCGGUGUUCCUAGGCUCCUACAAGGGCCAAGAGGUGGCUGUGAAGGUCAUUCUCGCGGAACACGCGAAGAAUGACGUGCAGGUCAAACUGUUUCUGCGCGAGGGGCAGUACAUGUCGCGCUGCACGCACAGCCACAUCGUCAAGGUGCACUGCGUGUGCCAGCUGCCACCCGAUUUCCCCGGCAUUGAGGCCAUGGGGCACCGCGAGCCCACAUGGGCGCUGGUGAUGGACUACGUGCAGGGCGGCUCCAUUGCGGGCAUGCUGUACAAGCAGAUGUCGGGCACACGCCGCCUGUACAGCGACUACGAGGCCUACUGCUGGAUGCGUGAUGUGGCCUCGGCCCUCAGCUACCUACACAACGCCCCCAGGCCGGUGAUGCACCGGGACGUGAAGGCCGACAACGUGCUACUGGUGGCGGCGGACCCAUCAGCGGCGGCGGCGGCAGGAGGAGGAGGCGGAGGAGGUGCAGGUCGGCCCGCCGCCAAACUCAUGGACUUCGGUCUCAUGGCGGCUCUGGACGGCAAGAACCCCAUGCUGCGCCGCCGCAGUCUCAGUGUGGAGGCCGCGGGGCCGGGCGGCGGAGGCGGUGGGCUGGGCCGCGGCUCGCUUAGCUCCCUGUCGCGGGCCUCACAGGGCGGCGGCGGCGGCGGCGGCGGUCGUGGUCUGGCGGCGCCCUCCGUUUCCACCUACUACGGCAACGACACCACACACGAGCCGGGCAAGAUAUUCUAUCUGGUGGAUGAGCUGCCGGCCGCCGCCGCCGCCAGCCUGAUCGGACCCGCCGCCUCCCGCCGCGGCUCAUUCGAAAUACCGUCAGCGGCGGCGUACUUUGGAGAUCCCGCGGCAGUGGCCGGCGCCGCCGCUGCCGCCGGCGGCGGCGCCGGCGGCAGCACAGGAGCGCAGCCCGCCUCCACCUUGGCGGCGCCUGGCGGCGGCGGCGGCGGCGCCGCCGCCAAUGCCUUUUCAGGCAGCGCCCUGCCAAGCAGGGGAAGCAGCUUCGCGGAAGCUUCUGGAGGAGGUGGCGGCGGCGGCGGGGUGGCGGCUGGAUCCAAAACGCCAAAGCUGGGGGGCCUCAGCCUGGGGUUAGGGUUGGGGCUGGGGGGCGGCAGCCCGCACGGCUCGUCGCCUCUUCUGGGUCCGGGCAGUGGUGUGGGCGGCGCACUGGUGCCGCUGAAUGAGGAGGCGUCGUACCAUGGCAACACGGCAGGCUACGCCUCCAUGCUCCUGCACCAGCAGCAGCAGCGGCAGGCGCAGCGGGCGGCGGCGCGCGCCAGCCUGGAGGCGACCAAGUCGGCGGCGGCGGCGGGCGGCGGCGCAGGCGUGGCGGGCACCCACCACUCCAGCCUACAUGGCAGCCGCAGCAACAGCCUCACCGCACACGGACACGCCGCGGGGGCGGCGGCGGCGGCGGCGGCGGCGGCGGUUGCUGGCGGCGGCGCUGGGGCAGCAGCUGGCGGUGGCGGCGGCGGCGGCGGCGGUGUGAGUUUGGGUGCCAACCGCCCGCCGUCUGGCACGGCUGGCGGCGGUGGGAAGCCGCAUCUCGCCUACAGCCUACCCAACAGCUUGCAUGGGUCGACGCUGGUGGCUGGCGGCGGCGGCGGCGGCGGCUUCAAUGCGGGCAUGGGGCCGGUGACGUCGGGUGGUCACUCGCCGGACUGGAGCCCAACAGGCAGCGGCCGCUGGCAGGGGAGCGACGUGGUGGGCUCGGGCGCAGUGCGGGUGCGGCUGGUGUCAGAGGGAAACGCAGCCGGCUCCGGCUCCGGCCCUGGAUCCGCUUCCCGCAGUCCGCUUGCUGCCGCCGCCGCCGGCGGCGGCGGCGGUGCCAGUGUCUCGGACCCACACAAUGCGCUGCCGCCGGGCCUGCCGCUCACGGAUGGCCGCGGCAGCGGAGCCGGCAUGACUCAGCCUGACGGCGGCGGUGGCGGCAGCGGCGGUGACGCCGCCAUUGCGGCGGCGGCGGCUCAACUGUACAGCGGCGGGCGGGGCACGCCGCCGGCGCCGCUGGCGACCAAUGCAGCGCUAGUGGCGGCGGCGGCGGCUGCAGGUGCUGGUGCUGCUGCUGGCGGCGGCGCCGCCGCCGCCGCUGGCGCUGCUGGCGGCAGUGGCAGCGGCGGCGCGGGGCGGCCGGCGGUGACGGGUCCGGAUGGGUCGUUGGUGCGCAUGUCGAGGUCUCCGGCGGCGGCGGCGGCGGCGGCGGCGGCGGCGGCGGCCCACGGCGAGCUGGCGGAGCUGGCGGACGCAGAGACGCUGCCCGGCAACGACCCAGAUGAUGAGAUCGCGCGGGAGACGUCGGUGGCCUACCAGCAGCAGCUGCAGGCGCGGGCCGAGCUGCAGGGGCACCACCACCACCAACACCACCUUCAACAACACACCACAACAGCAGCAACAGCAGCAGCAGCAGCAGCAGCAGCGCAUCUUGCUACAGCGGCGGCGGGUGGCGGGGCAGCGGCGGCAGGGGCGGACGGCGGGACGGCGACCGGCACGCGGCGGACAUCGCACCCGCCGCUGAGUGCCACGCCCUCGGUCCGCCGCCAGAGCCACGACGCCGUGCCCAUCAUCGACGUGCACGGGGCGAUCGCGGCGGUGGGAGCCGCCGCCGCCACCAGUGCCGCCACUGGGCACGGCGGCGGCGGUGCCGGCGGCGGCGGCGGCGGCGGCGCCAACGGCCACACCGCCGCCGCCGCAUCCGCCGCCAGCACAGCUCCUGUGGUCAUCGUCGGAGGAGGCGGCGGCGGCGGCAAGGCGCCGCUGUCGCCAUUCGUAUCAUCCGAGAACACUGGCCACAUGGCGGCGGUCAUUGGCUCGCCGCCGCAGGCCAGCGGCGUGGCCAGGCUAGCCGCCGCCGCCGCCGCGGCCGCCGGUUCCGCCGCCGCCACAUCGACGCCGCAGCACCUGAGUGCCGUACACAGCCGCGCCUCAUCACAGCGCUCUCUGGGGUCUGUGUCCACACGCUCCCUGGGGGCUGCGGGGGCGGCGGGGGCGGGGGGGCCCGGCUCGGGGGGCCCAGGAGCAGGUGGAGGCGGUGGCGGCCGGUCGCUUGCGGCCCUGUCCGUGUCCACCCUACUGCAGGGCCGCUACGAGCAGGACUUCCAGUGGGUGUGGCGGCUCACGGGGCAGACCGGCUCAUGCAUGUACAUGGCCCCAGAGGUGUUCCGCAACAUGCCCUACAACGAGAAGGUGGACGUGUUCAGAGCUUGGCAAGCGGGCUACGCGGCGCAUGUGGCGGGCGGCUACCGGCCCCCCCGGCCCAACGCCAUGGCGCAGCCGCUGUACGACCUGUGCUGCGCCUGCUGGGCUGACGACCCCUGCGCCCGGCCCAACAUGGUGGACGUGGAGGCGGCGCUGGCAGCCCUGCAGGCCGAGUACGCGCCCGAGCCACCCAAGGGCGGGCUGGGGGGAGGCGGCGCGGGAGGCAGCGGCUGCAGCUGCGUCAUUUGCUGAGAGGGCGAGAGAGCCAGAGCCGGGACGGAGAGGGCUGUUGUUUGUUGUGGGGUCGGUUGCUUCUAACAAUGCAUGCAUGCAUAGAGCGUUCUUGGUGGCGGGUGUGGUGCGCUGUGGUGUCAUUCGGUGCGUGUGGUCGAGGGCGUGCGGUCGUGUGUAAGUGACCGUUUUGAGGGUGAGCACAAGCUCCGGCAGAGGCGCUGUGCUGGUGCUGGCGCUGGCGCUGGCGCUCGUGGAGAGGGAUAGCUGGACUGAAGAUUGCAUGCGACUCCCGAAGGGCCUGGCAGACGACGACAAUAAGAGACGCGAGAGACAUUAGUUGUGUGGCAAACUCUUGAAGCUUUGAAAGGACUUGAGGGUUUGACAGGAACUGAUUUGCGGCUAAUCGGUACUGAUGUUGUGUGUACGGCACGCUGUGGUGGGCUGUUGGUCAGCCCAGAUGUGUGUGGCGGCGGUUUAGCGGCCAUGCCGUACUUCCUCUGUGGUGUGGCUGCGGCCUUGAAGCGGCAUUGAAGAACCCUUGCAGGUCUGGAGGGUGCGGGGGGAGGGGACGGCAGAACCACUGCACUUGUACGGUAGAGUAGGAGCACUCUGACAGGCCGUGCUCGUGGAUUUGCGUGCGAUGUGCCCCUGCGCGGCACGUGAGUGGGUCUUGGAGUAUGGAGUCGUGAAGAGCACGAACGCGUUCAUCUUCUUACAUUUAUCGCUACAGAACACUUCUCGAAGUACUGCUGAGUGCUGAUGCGCCGCCGCCGUAAGGGCCGCAGCGGGCGGCCCAUCCCGGCCCCCCGCCGCCGUACAGUGCCGCUCCGAAUUCCACUCACGUUCAUGCGAAUAAUACUCUGGAUCGAGAGCUAAGUGUUAUUGCGGACGGUUUGCGUUCACGGCGGCGAGGCAUUUGAGUAUUCACGAGGAGCGUGUGCUGUGUGUAUGCGUUGCUGGCACUUUUGCCAACGCCUGCUGUGUGCACGCAGUGUCGGAUGGACGUCUGGUGAGGCCCGUGUGGUUGAGAGUGGGGCGCCGGGCGGCCGAAUGGCCAACGGUGCGGCGGCGUUGCUCAGAGCGUCCCUUGCGACACUGCGCCCGUAGGUUGCGCCCGUAGGCGUUUAGGGCUCUCUUAGCCCGUAAGUUGGAGGUUUGUGGGGUGUUGGUUGGCUGCGGCCUUAGAGGCCAGGGCAGUGAGGCGGAGGAAGUGGAAUGGUGGUGUGUCACGACCAUCUGCCGGUUUGUGCCUAGCUCGGCUGCUCUUUCGUUACUUGGUCUGGCGAGCAAGGGAGCCGCGUAACACACCCUGCUGCGGGCGGGCAGCUCUGUCCUCGCGUCGCCUAAAGCGCCGUCCAAGACAUGCAGUGUGAGAAGCGACGCCUGGGCCUGGACCGUAGAGUGACGUUGCUAUGCGCUUGUAAGCGCCUAGACUUGGCUUGCCCUCCGAUGACGCCCACCGAACUACAGAGAGAGAGAAUGCUUCCCGGACCCCAGUGAAUGGCCACUCCACCAGAGUUCGUUACAGCAUAUAGUCUGUUCUGUGUUGGUUCGGUACGAGUACGGGAGUAACGAAAGAGCAGCGCCGGGCAAGGCCGGCGCUGCGCCCUUGUAGGCCGGGCAACAGCCUCAUCGCACGGCAUGACACGAUCCAACCGUGACACCAUCCCCUCAACCCGGUCGAAUGGGCCGGGGCUAAAUCCUGCUCUGCCGGUGAAAUGCACUGCCGGCAGAAUGGCGUGUCAGGUGGCGGCUUUGGCGGUGGCCGCUGCACUGCAGCACCAGCGCUCUACUGUUGAGAGGCGGUUGGAAUUGUCUGUCGAGUG